UCUCAGCUGCAGCCAGACAUCCAGCCAUAUUGGGCUCACACAGUAAUCUCAUCGCUGCAUCAUCGAGGGGGAAAUUCUAUUGUAUAAAUAGAAAUAUUCCAAGUCAGGAUUUUGGAGACCCCUUUGACCCCCUCCCAGACAAUGGGCAGGAGAGAACACCUAGCAGCCUUUGUGCCAAGCCUGGUAACAAUGGCAUUCAGCCUCCUGGCGGCCGUGGACGGGAUGGAGAUCACUGUGCCUUCUUUGAUCUAUGCCCUGAAUGGUACAGACAUUCGACUGCCCUGUUCUUUCAACUCCUGCUACAAAGUGGACAACAAACAGUUUUCCAUGAACUGGACAUACAGGAGCUGUAGCAACUGUAGUGAGGAGACGUUUAUCCAGUUUGAUAAGAAGAUUAUAAACCAGCGUCUCGAGCGUUUCCAGAACCGCGUGGAGUUUUCAGGAAAUCCCAUUAAGAACGACUUGUCUGUAAUGAUCAGAGAUGUGCAGCUGCAGGAUGGUGGCGAGUAUCAUUGCUAUGUGCUCAAUCCGCCAGACCGACAUAAAGGCACAGGAAAAAUCCGUCUGGAAGUCCUAACUGAGGUUCCUCCAGAGAGGGAUUCAACCGUUGCUGUCCUCGUUGGAGCGUCGGUGGGAGGAUUCUUGGCCAUCGUUAUUCUAUUCCUUGUUAUCUUAAAAUGCGUCAGGAGGAAAAAACAGCAAAACCUCAACUCUGAAGAUCAAAAAACAGAAGAAGACGUAAAAACAGAUGGAGAAGGAAAUCCUGAAGGAGAACUUAAAGCAUCCAUCCCUGAGGCACCAUAACCACCACUUGGAAUCCUGACAUGCACAUAAAUCUGGUGCUGCUUUCAAGGCACAGAAUGCUGCUGCUCUUAUUAGGCAAUUAUUUAAUAUCCUCUGGUAUUAAUGUUCACAACUUCAAAAUGUGAUUAGUGAUCUGAUACAAUGAUGUAUGUAAGGAGACCCAUCCUCAUUUUCAUGAAUGACCGUGACAGAUUGAGAUAGCCAUUUUACUUUGACCCUGACAGAAUUACGACUCUCAGACCCAGAGAGUCCCUUUGAAGUAUGUGAUAAAAACAAACAGUCUGUGAUAUGAAUAUGCCCCCCCGUGUCUUUGUUUGACAUUGAUAGAAUGGCUACACCUUUCUUCCCAAUGUGACAUUGCCAAGCGUAAGACAAAAUAGCUCAUGUGAAUGUGACAUUGAUUUAUUACAAACAUAUCUAUUAUGUGGUCAUGAUAUUAACAGUCAGAAUUAUCCUAGUAUCUCUUCUCACUGUGUUUUACAGUGACGGACUAAGAAAUCCACAUUCCAGAGUUUGUUAAACCAAGAGAAUAAAUGCUUUCAUUCCCACGUGCAAUGUAUGAAUGUGUGUAUUUUAUUCCGACAUAUGAGAUAUGAAUGAAUGUAUGUAUGUUCAACUCUCAAACUGCAGAGUAAUUUCUUUCUUAUGUGUGUAACAUUUUUAUACUCUUGUAAAUGGAGAUGGGCAUUAUCAUCUGUGUUUAUGAUUUUGUGAAUGAAUGCAAAGAAUGUCCAUACUCUAUAAAUGACAUUGACAGAGGUCGUAGGUUUACGGUUAAAUCUCUGAGCUCCUGUCACUGUCUUCCAUUGUGUACAAAACGGACCAAAUGAACAGCAGUCUCUAUUACAUACUUGUCAAAUAUAUUUUAUAUGGUCAAUUUCUCCCCUGGUAAAAUACUUAUUUAACCUACAAUGAAAUACAGGAAAAAUGUACACAACCCAUAUUGUUGGAAGGAUGCGUAUUAGUAGAAUCUAUAUCUGCAUGGUUUAAAAUCUGUACGUUCUAUGCAGCAGCUUAGAAGGUUCUGGGUGAACUUUGUAAAUCAUAUCACAGCUUGAUCAUUAAACUGAGUUAAACAUAUAGUUUAUAGAUAACUGUAUCCACUGUAUUCAAUUCAUAGGCUUAAAAUCCAAAUUGCGAAGCGCGAGGGACAUUUUGCAAGACAGAACAAAAUAUAGCCAAAAUGUAGACUCCUCCUUCCAUUACUCAAUUUUCUGGGGUCCUUAUUGUAAAGUUAUUGGUCACAUUGCCAUUUCAUGUAAAAAUAGACCCGUCAAGUCCCAGCUAUUAUUCUAACAGUUUAUUACGUGAAGUCAAGGCUUUGACUUGAUUUUGUGAUACAACCAAUAUUUAUUGGUCGUUUGUCAAUAAAUCUCAAGGUUUGCAAUGAAACUCUACCUGUGCGAAGCAGUUGGUGUCUUGCCUUUCCCUAAAAGAUCCAUUUCAAUGUUAAAAUAAAGCCGGAACAGAUAUAAACCAGGGUUAUACCUUGUGUUUAGAAUUAGAAUUAGAAUUAGUUUCUUCUAAAUUGGUGGCAGUUAGAGUAAGCGCAGUAUUAGUCAGAGACUUUUUUUUACCUGGUGACUCGUUUUAUUCAAAUUCUUCACUAAACCCCAAUAUGUACUGCAAACACAGAUAUAAUGACAUAUUGUUGUAUUAUAGAAACACAAGGGUUUAUACUGUUAGAUUUUUAACAUAUUAUCACAUUAGUUCUGAGAUACACAAUUAAUACUAGUGACCAAUGACACAGGUAUUACUGCCCAGGCUGAUGCCAUUAUAUGGCAUGUAUUAGUUUAGUCUCCUAAGGUUUGCCUGAUAGAGGAUGUAUAUAUAAAUAAAUAUAUAUGAUAUAAGGAAUUGCAAAAGGUAGCUACUUUGCACAUCUUGCAAAAAAACAAACAAAUAAAUUACACUCUCAAUGCAUAUUGCACAAAUAUAUUUAUAGAUCACGUAUAAUUGUCACCUAUUCCUACAGGACAUGGAGAGUUUGCAUCUUCAUACACAAUAGAGGCCUACAUUAAACCCCUGUAUUCAACUUAUAAACAAACAAGUCCCUUUCUUGUGUUAGUGACAAUGACAGUAAACUCUUCUGCUAUACGUGUGGCACAAAAAUGUACCAAAGGACAAAUAUAUUUUUGCUUAUGACAUUGACUAAUCAAAGGCACUCAUAUCCCGAAUGUAUAACAAAGUCAGACCAUGGGUGUCUUUCAUGGAUGACACUGACAGACUAUAAUGGAUUUUCAUGGAUGACACUAACAGACUAUAAGGGAUUUUAAUGGAUGACACUAACAGACUAUAAGGGAUUUUUGUGAAUGACACUGACAGUGUAAGGGAUUUUCAUGGAUGACACUGACAGACUGUAAGGGAUUUUCAUGGAUGACACUAACAGACUAUAAUUGAUUUUCAUGAAUGACACUGAUAGACUAUAGUGGAUUUUCAUAGAUGACACUGACAGACUAUAAGGGAUUUUCAUGGAUGACACUGACAGACUACAAGGGAUUUUCAUGAAUGACACUGACAGACUAUAAGGGAUUUUCAUUGAUGACACUGAUAGACUAUAAGGGAUUUUCAUGGAUGACACUGACAUACUAUAAGGGAUUUUCAUGGAUGACACUGACAGACUACAAGGGAUUUUCAUGAAUGACACUGACAGACUAUAAGGGAUUUUCAUGGAUGACACUGACAGACUAUAAGGGAUUUUAAUGAAUGACACUGACAGACUAUAAGGGAUUUUCAUGGAUGACACUGACAGACUAUAAGGGAUUUUAAUGAAUGACACUGACAGACUAUAAGGGAUUUUCAUGGAUGACACUGACAAACUAAGCGAAAGCUCAUUAACACAUUCCCUGCUAUAACCAUGUCACCACACUAUGUUUAAUUCCCUAAUUACUGCUAAGCUUUAUGUACUACAUCAGGGUCUGUCUGAUUAGAGCAUAUCUCUGUGUAUAUAUAUAGUCACUGCAUGUCCUGGAUAGAGAUGAAAAUCAAUAAUUUGCACUUUGUAUUCAUGAAUGAACAAGACCGAAAACUCUAAACCGAGUUGGAUAAAGUACUGUUUAGUUCAGCACUCUGCCGAUGACUCUGUCUGCUGUUACUUCAGGGGUAAUAAAGUAUUUAUGUCUAAA